ACACUUUAUAGAAAAGUGAAUUAAUCUCAAAAUUUGUCCUAAAAAGUCAGGUUGAGAUUCAAUUUCUCCUUUGAAGCAUUAUCCAAUCCCGGAAUAGAAUAUACUUCCAUCCCCAUCGGGAGCGGAUGUCCAAAUAGAUAUCACACCAAAACCCAGAUGCUAUAAAUAUAUCCACAAGAAAAAAAAGAAAGUAGCAAUCAAUUAAAUUUCUGCAAAGCUUCGUUAGAUAUUUGCUGAAUUCAUGAAAGAGAAUAAUCCGGCGUCUGUUUUGGCAGCAUUGGUGGCGGUGGCUGCGGCGGCGGCGGCGUUUGCAGGUUUGUCUCAGGCCAAAAUUCCGACCACUUUGGACGGCCCUUUCGAGCCCCGAACGGCGCCGUUUCAUGCCGGCCUCCGUGGUCACGCCGUCGAUUUGCCCGCCGAUGAUCCUCGACUUCGGCGCCGGGUUAGCGGCUUCCUGCCGGAGCAGAUCGCCGUCUCGCUAUCAGUUGAUUAUGAUUCUGUUUGGAUUUCUUGGGUUACAGGGGAAUAUCAGAUUGGUAACGACAUUAAGCCUUUAGAUCCUAAAACUAUUUCGAGCGUUGUUCAUUUUGGGCGAUUAAAAACAUCGUUGACCAGUCAAGCAACUGGCUAUUCCAUGGUAUACAAUCAACUUUACCCUUUUGAAGGCCUCCAGAAUUACACCUCUGGAAUUAUCCACCAUGUUCGUCUUUCAGGGUUGAAGGCACAGAAAGUGUACUAUUACAGAUGUGGAGAUCCAUCCAUUGGAAUGAGUGACAUUUAUUCGUUUAAAAGCAUGCCUGUUUCUAACCGCGGGAGCUAUCCAAAUAGAAUAGCUAUUGUGGGAGAUCUUGGGCUCACAUACAAUACCACCGCCACACUGAGUCACAUGAUGAGCCAUAAGCCUGACCUUCUUCUCAUAAUUGGUGACAUCAGUUAUGCAAAUAUGUACCUCACAAAUGGCACUGGUACUGACUGCUAUUCUUGCACGUUUUCCGAUACUCCGAUCCACGAGACCUAUCAGCCUCGUUGGGAUUUCUGGGGAAGAUAUAUGCAGAGUUUUGUUUCUAAAGUUCCAAUGAUGGUGGUGGAAGGAAACCAUGAAUUAGAAGAACAAGUUGGAGGUCAUAAAUUUGUAGCUUACAGUUCAAGAUUUGCAUUCCCAUCAGAAGAAAGUGGAUCUUUUUCCACAUUUUACUACUCCUUUAAUGCUGGGGGUAUCCAUUUUAUCAUGCUUGGUGCAUAUGCUGACUAUAAGAAAUCAGGGGCUCAGUAUAAAUGGCUGGAGCAAGACUUGGCUAAUGUUGACAGAUGGGUAACUCCAUGGCUGGUGGCAACAUGGCAUCCUCCAUGGUAUAGUUCUUACAAAGCUCACUACAGAGAGGCAGAAUGUAUGAGGUUGGAGAUGGAGGAUCUGCUUUAUUCUUAUGGCGUAGACAUUGUCUUCAGUGGACAUGUGCAUGCGUACGAGAGGUCGAAUCGGGUGUACAAUUAUAGACUAGACCCAUGUGGUCCAGUGUACAUAACAAUAGGAGAUGGAGGGAACAGAGAGAAGAUGGCUGUGGAGCAUGCAGAUGAAGCAGGCAACUGCCGAUAUCCAAAGCAUUCUCCAGCAAAUGAUGGUAACAUUUGUGCCUCAAAUUUCACCAGUGGACCCGCAAAGGGUAACUUCUGUUGGGACCGCCAACCUGAUUUCAGUGCCUUUAGAGAAGCUAGCUUUGGCCAUGGAACUCUCGAGGUGAAGAAUGAGACUUGGGCUCUAUGGACAUGGCACAGAAAUAAGGACACCGAUGAUAAAGUUGGGGAUCAAAUGUUCAUUGUGAGGCAACCAGAUUUUUGUCCAUUUGCUAACAAUAAGCAAACUCGAUGGUUUGCUUCUAGCUGAAGUCUUCUACUCUGACAUCCCAAUUCAGCAAUUAUGCACAAAUCUAGAGGUUUAUAGAUUAAAAGCAUCCUAUUCUCCAGAAAAGUGAUGGUUUAGUCCCUAAACUAUAAUAUUUAUCAAUUUAGUCUCUUUAAUUUGAUAUUAUGUACAAAUUUUGUUUUAAAUGUGUAAUAAUUUUGCCCUUGUCUAGUUUGAA